AUGUGAAUCAAUCCCAUGAUGCAACAUGUCUCCCCAGCGCCAUCUCUGACAAUGAUGGCCACACAGACUGUACCCCCUCCCCCUUAUCAAGAACCCCAACAGAUGACUGCCACAGCCCAGCAGCCGUCAAAAGCACAGCCGGUGCACGUCACCACACCCUCGGCAGCAGCCAAUGCUCCCCUACCCAGCACCCCGAUCGACCCUCAGGCACAGCUGGAGGCUGACAAGAGAGCCGUCUACAGGCAUCCUCUUUUCCCCCUCCUGACACUGCUAUUUGAGAAAUGCGAGCAAGCGACCCAGGGCUCGGAAUGCAUCACCUCUGCCAGCUUUGAUGUUGACAUUGAGAACUUCGUACACCAGCAAGAGCAGGAGCACAAACCAUUCUUCAGUGACGAUCCUGAGCUGGACAACUUGAUGGUGAAAGCUAUUCAGGUCCUGCGGAUUCAUCUCUUGGAGUUGGAGAAAGUGAAUGAAUUGUGCAAAGACUUUUGUAACCGUUACAUCACCUGCCUCAAAACUAAGAUGCACAGCGACAACCUUCUCAGGAAUGACCUUGGGGGACCUUACUCCCCGAAUCAGUCCUCCAUUAACCUACACACGCAGGAUAUGUUGCAAAAUUCUCCCAACUCCAUGACAGCCCUACCUGGCAACCCCCAAGGAAUUGUGGUACCUGCCUCAGCACUGCAGCAGGGGAAUAUCUCCAUGGCAACAGUCAACUCACAAGUUGUGACAGGUGGAGCCCUUUACCAGCCUGUAACUAUGGUAACAUCUCAGGGCCAGGUGCUAACCCAAGCAAUUCCUCAGGGGGCUAUUCAGAUCCAGAAUGCACAGGUUAACCUGGACCUGACCACUCUUCUUGACAGUGAAGAUAAAAAGUCAAAGAACAAACGAGGAGUCCUCCCAAAACAUGCUACCAAUAUUAUGCGCUCCUGGCUUUUUCAGCAUCUCAUGCACCCCUAUCCAACAGAGGAUGAGAAGAGGCAAAUAGCAGCACAGACAAAUCUCACACUGUUGCAAGUCAACAACUGGUUUAUCAAUGCCCGGCGGCGUAUCCUGCAACCUAUGCUUGAUGCAAGCAAUCCAGAUCCAGCCCCUAAAGCCAAGAAAAUCAAAUCUCAGCACCGGCCAACCCAGAGAUUCUGGCCCAACUCCAUUGCCGCUGGGGUUCUGCAGCAACAAGGAGGCAACCCUGGGACUAACCCCGAUGGCUCCAUCAACAUGGAUAACCUCCAAAGCCUCUCUUCCGAUAACGCCACCAUCGCUAUGCAGCAAGCCAUGAUGGCGGGUCACGAUGACUCACUCGAUGGGACGGAAGAUGAGGAGGAAGAUGAAAUAGAAGAGGAGGAGGAGGAAGAAGAAGAGGAGGAGGAGGAACUGGAAGAGGAUCCCGAGGAGCUCCAGACAACUAACGUCAGCGACCUUGGCCUGGAGCACAGUGACUCGCUUGAAUAGAGGAUUAUAGCCAAUGGUGGAACGGUCGCUGACUGGGAAACUGUUGAACCUGCUUGUGAAACUCAUUGGCCUGAAUUGUAGAGAGCGCCUGAACGUUUGAUGAGCACAUCCCUUUAACAAUAUGAUUCAACCACAGUACCCUUUCUUGAAGGUCCUACUUGACCUGCAUUAAACUGCAGGGAUGGACGUGAAAGCACACUGGACAUCUGUCAAGCGUGCAAGCCGGUUAUUUAAGUGAAGGACACACGUUUACAAGGAACAUAUUGUGACUAGUUUCUUCCCCACUCUCUCCCGCCUUUGUUUUUGAUAACCACCACAACAAAAGUGUUUUUAGAGUAAGCUGUUUUCUGUAUGACUGAAUGUUUUAUGGAAGUUCUAAUUCAAUGCCCCUUUUUUUUGGUGACAUGCAGUUCAGAGGCAUGGCUGUUUUCAUUUCCACUGCUUUUAUGAGAGAUUUAUAGAUGCAAAAAAAGAAGAAGAAGAAAAGAUCAGUGGUUUUUACAAAAGAAAAAGAAAAACUAGAAAGGAAUGAUUUAUAGAAAUGUAGGUGGGGGGCGGGAAAUAUCAAACAUUUGCAAAUGGGCAGAAAUUCGGCGAAGGAGCAAGUGAGCGUUGAACGCCCUUUGCAAGUGGGAUGUCUUGUGAGUUUUGCAGAUACGGAAUCCAUAUGGACUCAGGUGAUAGGUCUGUGCUUUGCAAUCGACGUGGCAAAUAGGCAACACCCUGUGAUCGAAAUCCCUUUUAGAGAAGAGUCACAUUUGCUUUCUGAGUGGAGCCUUGUGGCAUUUUAAUAUCCCAAGUUGGUGUAGCAUGUGAUAUUAGCCAACCAGAAGGAAUGUUUAGAGGCUCACCAGUACAGAAGUCGUAAUGAUGGCUUUAUGCUUUGCUUGUAGGUUCAGGUUUCUAACAUUCGCCGAGCAGGAAGGAAUCGGUGGCGGAGAGAAUCCCCGUAUUUUCAAACAGAGAUAAGCAGAAGAGCUGUCCAAUGGGAUGCAGGAAAUCACAUUUUCACAAUCCUUGUUUCUCAGGAACUCCUCUCCUGCCUUUUAGGUUGCUUUCCAGUCCACAAACUCUCACAUUUAAAAAGCCUACAAAAUCAACAUUCAACCAGACGUAUUAUGGACACUUAAGGAAUGGGCUUUGCAAUCAUGUUCAAUCGCUGCUAAUCAUAGGUUAAGCCUACAAACAGAGGUUGAUUUAAAUUUCCAUGUGUGGACAUUAUCCCAGUGCAGUGAGCUCAUGGCCUACAACGGAGCAUGAAAAGUAGAUGUGGGGUCCCCCAACAUUUUGCAAGCUGUGAGUGAUUUGGGAUUCUGAAAUUAAAGGAGGAAAACGCUCGAGAACAGCUACUGGUGGGCAAGCUGCCCAUAGACAGAGUGUCAGAAGAUCUCUGACACAGUAGGGGCAUAACCUUUCGUGAAACACUGAUUUACCAGAAUGCCAUCUGCCACCCCCAUCCUAAGAGAGAUGAUGUCUACAAUAACCCAUUUAUGUUUAUCUCUGGAAGUAAGGCAUCCUUCCAAACAAGACACUGAGUAACAGCCGCCCAUCGUGUGCUAAGAAUGUUAAAGGGCCCACACAGGCUUACUUAGAAAUGCAAAUGUUGCUGGUGGCUUCGCUUUGCAUCGUGACGGUUCUUAAUAUUAUUUUUUUUAAGUAAAACAAGACAGGUAGUGUAAGAGCUUAACAGGAACCCAGGGGAGAAUCAGGAGAUGUUUUCCAUCUGGCUGCAGACAUUUUUUUUUUAAAAGAUGACUAUAGUAUCCAUCGGUAUUGGGAAUAGUUGACCCUGAACCCUUCUUUUUGUGGGAAUGUUUUUGAGCAAUUUCCACCAGGCAGCUCUACAUAAACACUGGCCUUAAGAAUGCUUUUGUGUGUGUGUCUAAUGCAGUUUCCUCCCUUUAAAAAGCCACAAGUUCAAGAAACAGAUGUGUUCAUGUAGAUGGACAAUCCUAGAAAUAUCAUUACAAAAGGCUCAAUCAGUUGAGUGAAAGACAAACGAUCUUCCUGUCCGCAUCACCUCCAACCACAGGUGCAGUUCCAAAUAUAACCCACAAAGGAAUCUGUGCAUGAAGCUAGUCCUUAUUGCUUCUGCCACACACCAAAAAAAAAAAAAAAAAAACCAACAACCCACAUGGCUGCUGUCUUUUCUUUCAGGAAGGCAUGGAGAAUUGCCUGCUAGAGAAAUGAUGCUUCUAAUAGGCAAAA